AUGUCCAGGCAACUGCGUAUCCUAGUCCCCGUUAAGAGAGUUCUUGACUCUCAACUGAAACCACGCCUUCUUUCCAGCACACAAAUAGACACUGCAAAUCUGAAAUUCUCGAUCAAUCCCUUUGACGAUAUCGCCAUUGAAGAAUCGCUCCUACUAAAGAAACGUCAUCCGGACUUGCAAGUCUCUACUCAUGCCAUCACUAUUGGUCCCUCCAAGUCCCAGGAUAUCUUAAGAAAUUGUCUCGCUAAGGGGAUAGAUAAAGCAACAUUGAUCUCUAACGAGGAUAAGGGUGGUGAUGGCGUGACCCUUGAGCCGUUAAAAGUGGCACAUGUGCUUAAAGAAGUGGUCAGCAAGGGUGAGGUUGACUUGAUCAUUAUGGGGAAGCAAGCCAUCGAUGAUGAUUUUAAUAUGACGGGUCAGAUGAUUGCCGGACUAUUGAAUUGGUCUCAGGCCACUAAUGUGACUAAAUUGGAGAUUGUAGAUGGGACGCAUGUUAGGGUUGUUAGAGAAGUAGAUGGAGGGAAGGAAACCUUAUUGGCAAAGUUACCGUUGGUGAUAACCACAGAUUUGGGGUUGAAUACUCCAAGAUAUGUUAAGUUGCAAAGCUUGAUGAAGGCCAAGAAGAAGCCUAUUGAAAAACUGGAUCUUAUCAACGAUUUCCCUCAGGUGGAUUUACAACCAAGAUUAAAGAUUGUGGAGGUCGAGGAACCGGAAACUAAGAAACAAGGUGUCAUCUUGAAUUCAGUGGAUGAAUUAAUUGCCAAAUUGAAAGAAUCAAAAUUGGUCUAA